AUGAAUAAGCAAAACCAUAUAAAAUUAAUGGAUGAAGAUUCAUAGAUUUAAUAAGCAAUAAAUUUAGAUUUUGAUAUAGAUUAAAAAUUGUGUUAAAAAUAAGAAAAAUUAAACUUAGAGAAUACAGUGAUAUACUUUCCUCAUAAACCUUAUGAUGUUUAAAUAAAGUAUAUGGAAAGUGUUGUCUAAAUAUUAGAUAAAAAAUUUAAUGGAUUGUAUUAUUUAUUAAUUAUGAAAAAUUAGAUUAGAAUCUCCAACAGGAACAGGUAAAACUUUAUGUUUAUUAUGUUCAUCAAUGGGUUGGUUAAAAAAGCAUAGAGAAGAAUAAUUGAAAUCGAAUAAUUCUAACAAUUUAAAAAUUAUUUAUGCUUCAAGAACACAUUCACAAUUAAAAUAAGUAGCCUAAGAAUUAAAGAGAACUGUUUAUAAGCCAAAUAUAUCGAUGAUAGGUUCAAGAGAUUAAUAUUGUCUAAAAAACUUUUAAAAUUUAAAAGGAAAUUCUUUAAUAUAAGCAUGUAGAAAAUUAGUAAAAGGAAAGAAAUGUUAAUUUUAUGACAAAGAAUUUUUACCAAUUAUAGCUGCAGCAAAUAGUAAAUUGAUCAAUACUUUAGAAGAAACUAAAUAAUUUGGAUUUAAGAAUGAAGUAUGUCCUUAUUACUUUGAAAGAGAAAGAUUAAUAAAUGCUGAUUUAAUAAUGAUACCAUACAACUAUUUAUUAGAUAAUGAAUUUUCAAAUAUUGUUGAUGUAAAAAAUUCAAUAAUUAUUUUUGAUGAAGCUCAUAAUGUUCCCUNA